AUGGCAGCCCCCAUGAAGGGCCAAGUGUGUGUGGUGACUGGUGCUUCCAGGGGUAUUGGUCGCGGCAUCGCCUUGCAGCUCUGCCAAGCAGGUGCCACCGUCUACAUCACUGGCCGACAUCUGGACACACUGCGGGCUGCUGCUAAGGAGGCACAAUCCCGAGGGGGCCAGUGUGUGCCUGUGGUGUGUGAUUCAAGCCAGGAGGCUGAAGUGCGAAACCUAUUUGAGCAGGUUGAUCGAGAACAGAACGGACGUUUGGAUGUGCUGGUCAACAAUGCCUAUGCUGGGGUUCAGACAAUCCUAGACAACCUUAAGAAGGCAUUCUGGGAAAGCCUUGCCUCCAUUUGGGAUGAUAUCAACAAUGUUGGACUCAGAGGCCACUACUUGUGCUCGGUGUAUGGGACUCGGUUGAUGGUACCAGCUGGCCGGGGGCUCAUUGUGGUCAUCUCCUCUAUUGGAGGGAUGAAGUAUUUCUUCAGUGUUCCUUACGGCAUGGGCAAAGCUACGGUAAGAACCCAGUGGCACAGGGGUUGGGACUGUAUAGGACCGUGA